AUGUCAGCAGGAGGUAUCAAGAGACCAGUGCAAAUUGAAGAGUUCAAGACGGCUAUUGGCGACAUGUCGAGUGAAGAGCUUGCACAUCUGAAACAAGAGAUCGAGAACUGUUCUUCACACUUAAACCGUUCGAACGCCCGUUUAAACAAAUACAUAGCCAAGUUAGAAGGUCGUCAUAAGCCUGGGGAGGACGAUGAAGAGGAUGAAGAGUUACAGAAUAUUGAAGAGGGCGAUUUACAACUUUACCACGACUCAUUGCAUGAGAACGAGAUCCUUUUAAAGAACUAUAACGAGAGACUCGAAGCAUUGCAUCAGGAAAACUUGUACAGGUCCAGUGGUCGCAAAGCAGCUGGCUAA